GUAUUCGGGCGUUAGUGUCGACGGUUGUUCUACACGGCUAUUUAACUUAUUACUCUGAACUCAUAUAAGUUCCUCUUUACGUGAAAGGCUCUAUAGACGUUAUCACCUAUGGUUUUCCAUUUCACAAAAACGUCAUUUAUUUGGCAGAAAAUUUCAGUGAAAUAAACAAUGCAAACAAAUAAAUAAAUCAAAAUUUAUAGUACGAAAUACAUAAUUAAGUAAAAAUUUUAACAGUUUUGAGAUUACUACAAUAGUCGGAAUGUUGCGGCCUGUUUGUAACUUCAACCGGUGUCUGAAACUUGCAGAAAUGCUGAUGCCACAACUUGUACACUCACAAUUUCUUAGAAAUAAGGAACUAAACGAAUAUCCUUCUAGAGGAUACAAGAAUUUCGUGCUUUCGGAUGCUCUAGCUCAGAUUGAAAGGGAAUGCGAGAAGUUCUGCCCCGUACCUCGGUUCCCGCCGCGGAAGGUAACAGUGGUUGGUGCUGGCAGUGACGUGGGUCGCAUCGCCUGCCUGUUCUUGAAGCAGCAAAAAGUUAUCCGCAUUCUGGCCAUGUACGAUGAGUUUCCGGAGCGAGGAGUGCUCGGUGUGGCUAACGAUAUCGCACACAUCGACACCAGCACUGAGGUGGAAGCCUACCAGGGCCGCUUGUUCCUCAAGGAGGCCCUGCAUGAUGCAGAUGUCGUGCUGAUCUGUGGCGGUGCGUACCUGGCGCCGCCAUGUUGCAAUACGUUGGACAGGCAGAUGUUCUUCCUGAACCUGCAACAUGUUCGCUCGGCCACAAUCGCCACCGCAAAGUUUGCCCCCCACGCCAUCAUCGCGAUACAAACUCCACCUGUUGACUGCAACUUUGCGCUAUGCAUACAUACCCUUAUGCGGGCACGUGCGUACGACAAGCGUCGUGUGCUGGGUGUGAAUGCGAUCAAUGCGAUGCGUGCCAACCAGCUGUUCUGUUCCGUUACCGGAGGUGACCCUAGCAAGAGCAGCUUGCCAGUAGUCUGUGGCACUGGUCGAUGUACCAGAGUCCCAGUAUUUUCUGCUGGAAAAGCCGACAACUUUCCACAAUCGAAGACGGAAUGCCUGACCCGACUAGUGCGUGAAGCUGACGAGCUUAUCUGCAAAGUGAAGAGUAACUACGAGCAAGGACAUCUGUCUAUCGGCUUCGCGACUGCCAGGUUUACCAUCAAUCUUAUGAAAGGACUUUUUGAGUCGCCAACGUUUAUAGACAGUGCGUUAGUGGAACAAGGAGAUCCGAGUAAGUGCUACGACAUGCAGUACUGCGCCACACCCGUCACUGUCGGCCAGGGAGGCAUUACUGAAUACGCUGUACCCACACUUAAUGGCAGCGAACUGAAACUAUUGGAAGAUAGUAGGUGUGAUUUUGAAGACAUGUUACACUUGGGCCGAUGUUACGCCACCGGCGACGAAGAGGAAUAUUUCCUUCCUCCCUGCAAAUUCGAUUAUUCUUGUUGUAAAGAUUGUAAAGUUUGUAAGCCCCGCAAGAAAACACGUAAAAGUUACUAGCGUUAAAAUUCUUCCAUGAAUCUAGUAAUUAAAAUACCUACUAUUGUCUUUAGCAUUUAAAUAUUAAAAACAGUUAAAGUAAUUUGUUUAUGAUUACUAGUAGGUAAUGGAUCAGCAAUAGCUA